UCCCCGCCGUGCGCCGCUCAGCGAGUGCGGAAGUGACUGUAAACUUCACAGUGCGGGUGAAAGGGUUCCGCCUUACAUUCAUCCUGAAUCCGACACUUCUGGCAUUUUUUGGUUGUUUAGUGAGGCAUCUUCGGCCGUGAUACAGGAGGAAUGGCUGGGAGAUUACCGGCGUGUGUUGUGGACUGCGGUACAGGAUAUACUAAACUGGGAUAUGCAGGAAACACAGAACCUCAGUUCAUCGUACCAUCAUGCAUUGCCAUCAAAGAGUCGGCAAAGGUCGGAGACCAGGCCCAGAGAAGGAUGAUGAAAGGCGUCGAUGACCUCGACUUCUUUAUCGGAGACGAGGCAAUCGACAAGCCCACCUACGCAACCAAGUGGCCCAUCAGGCACGGUAUCGUAGAGGAUUGGGAUCUAAUGGAAAGGUUCAUGGAGCAGGUCAUCUUUAAGUAUCUGAGGGCGGAGCCUGAGGACCACUACUUCCUGCUGACUGAACCUCCUCUAAACACACCUGAGAACCGAGAAUACACCGCAGAGAUCAUGUUUGAGUCCUUCAACGUGCCGGGACUUUAUAUCGCCGUGCAGGCAGUCUUGGCUCUAGCAGCAUCCUGGACCUCUCGACAGGUUGGAGAGAGGACUCUAACCGGUACAGUCAUUGACAGUGGAGAUGGAGUCACUCACGUCAUCCCUGUGGCAGAAGGCUAUGUGAUUGGCAGCUGCAUAAAGCACAUCCCCAUCGCAGGUCGUGACAUUACCUACUUCACACAGCAACUGUUGAGGGAGAGAGAGGUGGGAAUUCCACCUGAGCAGUCCCUCGAGACUGCUAAAGCCGUCAAGGAGCGCUUCAGUUACGUGUGUCCUGACCUGGUGAAGGAGUUUAAUAAGUACGACACAGACGGCUCUAAAUGGAUAAAACAGUACACCGGCAUUAAUGCCAUCAGCAAGAAAGAGUUUACCAUCGAUGUUGGAUAUGAGCGCUUCCUUGGCCCAGAGAUCUUCUUCCACCCUGAGUUUGCCAAUCCGGACUUCACUCAGCCAAUCUCAGAAGUGGUUGAUGAGGUUAUCCAGAACUGUCCCAUUGAUGUGCGUCGUCCCCUCUAUAAGAACAUUGUUCUGUCAGGAGGUUCUACCAUGUUCCGUGAUUUUGGCCGGCGUCUGCAGAGAGACCUGAAGAGAACCGUGGAUGCUCGUCUCAAACUGAGUGAAGAACUCAGCGGUGGCAAAUUGAAGCCCAAACCUAUUGACGUGCAGGUCAUCACUCACCACAUGCAGCGCUAUGCUGUGUGGUUUGGAGGAUCCAUGCUGGCCUCAACACCUGAGUUCUACCAGGUGUGUCACACCAAGAAGGAUUAUGAGGAAAUCGGCCCCAGCAUCUGUCGCCACAACCCUGUGUUUGGUGUCAUGUCCUAAAGAGUCCACAGACCUACACACACGCGCAUACACACAUACACAAAGGGAUUGGGGUUGGGGUGGUCAGGGCUGGGGAGAACAAUAGAGCAGGCCACUGGAGAGAGAGCUCAUUUCGGUUAACACCAAACCUGUCUGCUGGAUCCAGAUGAUGAAUGUUGUGUUUGUUCGUUCGUUCGUUCGUUCAUGUUAUUCCCAGGACAAGGGGAAAAUGCGAUUUACUAGACCAAAAUGACUCCAGCUCUUCUCUGCCUCUGCUCAGUAAUCUGUGGGUGUCUAAUAAACAAAAAACAAAACAAACAACAAAAAAAAAAUCCCCCGUUGAGUAAAAAUGUGAGUAAACAGUAAUAUUGACAUUCAUUAUAGUAGUGAUGCAGAAGACAGCUGGUGUUGUUCAUGUUUAA